ACGUCCACUUUCUCAGAGGGCAGAUUAGAGGUUUGUUCGCGUCGCAUACUCCAAUAAACACCAAGAGCACUUGGAUCACGGAUAAAAAGUGGCGAUUGGAGCAGAUGAGUUUUUGGAGUGCGUUGGAGUGAUCAGGAGCAUGGUGGGGCAUGCGACGCGAACAAACUUUAGGAGUUAGGACAGGUGUCCCCGUCCCCCGAAGCGUGAUGGCCGCUCUCAGGUUAGGUUUCUUUCUGGUUGAGAUAUGAAAAUACGAAGCCGGUGACGGCGGUGACGAGCUCACGAGUGAACAGGAGAAAAGUUGUUUAAAUACAUGUAUAUACAUCUGUCUUGUACUUUAUAAAAAUGGAUAGCAGUGUAACUAACGAUGCAACAAUGGGACCUGAAUUAAUAAAAAGUUACCAGCAGAUAUUGCUUAACAAUGUGUUUGCACAGAAACUUGAGCAAAAUGAAAAACACACCAAGACACUAACCGAUUACAAGAAUAGGCACAAAAAGGUAAUAGAGGGACUUGAAGUAUAUCCGUUAUCUGUCUCUGAGAAUUGUAUGGUGCCCAUCGGCAAGCGGGCAUUUAUGAAAGGAAAAUUAACUCAUACUAACGAAGUCUUGGUAUUUUUGGGAGAUGGCUACUUUGCCAAAUACAGCGCAUCACAAGCGAUCGCAUUGUGCAACAGGAGAAUAGCAUGGGCGGAUGAAAUGCUGAAGAGUUUAGAAACUGAGAGGAACUUGUACGAAAUGAGACAAUAUCUUCCAUUGGGACAUGAUGUUUUUGGAAAAGAGGAUGGAAAAGAUAUCGUGGAACAUUGGACUGAGAAUAAGCUUGAUGAGUGGAGAGUACAACAUAGAGAGCGUGAGAAAGAGUAUCAUCAGAAAUUAGCAAAGUUGAAAGCAAAGGAAAAGACUGACAUUCGUACCGAGAAAGAUAUUUUCAAGAGACUUGACGAAUUAGAGAUAGAAGAGGAAUUAGAAGAGGAAAUUUACAGAUUGGAAGCUGAACAAAAAGAAUUUUAUGGCGAUGAUUUGAAAGACGGCGAAGCUUAUGAUGAAUCGGAAGAGGAUACAUCUGAUUCCGAUCAAAUUACAACAGAAAUAAUUCAGGAGGAAUUAGAGAAGCUGAAAAAUAUCCAAGCGAGCAGAAUUACAAGUAGUACAUCGAAUAUCACUUCUGAUGCGGCUCAAGAUAAAAUUUUUGACACAAAUACUACGAAGAAUGAGGAAUCUCAUCCUACUGCAAAUUUUAUUCAAGACACAUUAACGGAGAGUUGUUCGCCUGAAAAAGGAACUGAGGAAGUGUCUAAAGACACAAGUACAAAGGAAAGAAGGAGGAUAUCGUUCGCUGAACCAUGUGUUAUAGAAGACGAAGGCAAUGCAGAAGAAGAAAUAUCAAUACCUCAGGAAGCUUGUUCUGUUCUAAAGCAAGAAGAUACAUAUGAAAUCUCUGAAGAUGAAGGUGACACCGUUAGGAUCGAAUUUUCACAUUCAUCCCAUAUUCCAGAUUUGAUUGAAUCAAAUGAUACGGAGAUACAAAGCCCGAUAGAUAUUUAUAAAAUGUUUAGUACUCUUAAGUCUAUUUUGAAAAGAUCUCCAAAUGAUAUGAUUUAUGAUCGAGUUGCUCCUUUAAACGAGUAUAGUAGUACAGAUACAGAAGAUGAGGACGAAUACGUUAAUUCUGCAUAUAGUUCUGUAAUCCAAGAGAAAGUUCAAGAAAGUAAAAUAUCGCCAGUGAAUGACGUUUCGGUAAAGAAAGAUGAAAAAAGAAUUGUAAGUAGGUUCAAACUUGAACGAGCCGGAAGAAAGAAGUGACUUGUAAAUAUAUGUUGAAUACAUAUUGAAAUUAAAAUUUAUUUUCGCAAUACA